AUGCGCUUCCGCACCUCGGUGAAGGAUGUCUCCAUAUUCACCCGGGUCGUUCAGUCGAUCGGCAAGGUCGCAAAUCGAUGUGUGAUCCAGCUGACUUCGGAGCAGAUCCGCCUCAUCUGCACUGGCGAUAGUGAUGGCGCCCAGAUCUGGUCCCAGAUGACAGUGGACUCGCUCUUUGAGGACUACCGCAUCGAGUCCAACUUUCAGAACCAGAUCAACCUCGAAGUGUCGCCCGACACCCUGCUCCGCGCCCUCCGCUCCGCCAACAACGCUUACAGCGUCACACUUCGCCUGGCCAAGCGCAACAAGGAUCCGCUUCUCUCCUUCGCCAUCUCGGCGCAGAGCCACACCGGCUCCAACAUCGAGAUCGUCCAGGACGUUCUCAUCAAGGUGCUCAAGCCGACCGAGUUCAGCAAGAUCAAGGAACCUCUCUGCCCUGCUCCCGACGUCCACAUCGUGCUGCCCAAGCUCGUCAACCUCCGCACCGUCGUCGAUCACAUGCGCUCCCUAUCCGACAUCCUGACGGUCUCGGCCAACCACGAGGGCAACCUGAAACUCUCGGUGGCCGAGGACGAGGUCAAGCUCGAGACCACCUGGUCCGAUCUCGCACACCCGCACAUCACUGCCUCGCAGAACCCGGAGCAGACCUCGGACCCGUCCGAGUACAAGAGCGUGAUGCUCGACAUGAAGUCGUUUCUGCGCUUCCUCUCGAGCUACGUCGUGGCCACGACGACGAUCGCGUGCAUCUGCUCCAACCACUGCGCCAUCUUUUACGUCUACAUCGGCGACGUCGAAAAGAGCAGCGGCGUCAUGACGUUCUUCCUCCCUGGCAUCGUCCGAGAGGACUGA